AUGCCAGAACAGAGCAAUGAUUAUCGGGUGGUUGUAUUUGGAGCCGGCGGGGUGGGCAAGAGCUCGCUGGUCCUGCGUUUUGUGAAGGGGACGUUUCGAGAGAGCUAUAUCCCCACUGUCGAGGACACCUACAGGCAGGUGAUCAGCUGCGACAAGAGCAUCUGCACCCUCCAGAUCACAGACACCACAGGCAGCCACCAGUUUCCCGCCAUGCAGCGUCUGUCUAUCACCAAAGGCCACGCAUUCAUCCUGGUCUACUCUAUCACCAGCAAACAGUCUCUGGAGGAGCUCAAGCCCAUAUUUGAGGAGAUCUGCCAGAUUAAAGGCGACAUCGAGAACAUCCCUAUCAUGCUGGUCGGAAACAAAAGCGACGAGAUGAACAUUCGUGAGUUGGAGAGCAGUGAUGGAGAGGCCAUGGCAAAGAAGUGGAAAUGUGCCUUCAUGGAGACGUCAGCCAAGACAAAUCACAACGUCAAAGAGCUGUUUCAGGAGCUGCUCAACCUGGAAAAGCGCAGGACAGUCAGCCUUCAGAUCGAUGGAAAGAAGAGCAAGCAGCAAAAACGGGCUGAGAAGCUGAAAGGCAAAUGUGUGGUCAUGUGAAGAAGUGUGUGUGGAAAACCAAAACGUUUUCACUAUCAUGAUAUUGAAGAGUUGGUUUACUGCA